AUGCAGCACACCAAAGGAUCCGAAUCCCCGGAGCUGGGACGAUCAAUCUCCCGUUCACGCAGUACCAGCAUGUCUAGCGACUCCCAGCUUCCACGCCUCCAUCUCCUCUCGCCACCACCAGUCAACCCCGCUCCGUGUUUCAUUGCAUCGUCCGCCGCCGCCGAGAUCAUCACCGCAGACCAGGAAUUCAAUACCGCAGACUUCGUGACCAACGAAGAAGAUGCUGGCGCCGAUGCCAGCGCCCUCAUCACCCCCGAGGCCCUGAUCGCUUUGAAUGGCUUUCUCGAUCACCUGUUAUUCAACAUUCUGGCCACAGCCAAGUCGACGCAACUGACCUGCAUCCGGCCUGCGAUAGCAGAGGUCUUGAAGCCUCGGCUGGCGAAGGAGGUGGUGUCCGCGGCUGAUGAAGAGCUGAGCGAGUAUAUGGGCGGGGAAGAGGACGAGCAAUCCGAAUUCCGCGGUGGUCAGAGCCCCACGACCGACUUUGAUCUGAUUCGCUCCUGGAAAUUGACUCGCCUGCGAUGUAUGGUGUACACGAGACUGGGCGACAUGGAGGAAGACGACGAAGACGAGUACAUUGCGCAGGAUGGAUUGGUGGAGACGGGUGAGGGGAUCCCCGCCAGAUUUACCAGCCAUGUGGGCAAUAUCACCCCGGCCGCCGCGAUCUUCUUGACCUCCAUCAUCGAACACAUUGGAGAGCAGGCUCUCAUCAUUGCCGGUGAAACCGCAAGGUCUCGACUUUCUUUGAAGCUGGGCGACGACCACGAUGAAGUGACCGAGUCCGGCGCCGAACGCAGCAGUUUGGAUCGACUGGUGGUGGAGGAACUCGACAUGGAAAAGUUGGCUCUGAACCCGACUCUCGGACGUCUCUGGCGAACAUGGCGGAGACGCGUUCGGACCCGCAGCUUGUCUCGGACGGUCUCGAGGGAGUCGAUCCCGCGUCGCAGAUUGACUGUCGCCUCUGUGAGCAGCAGAAAAAGCAGCACUGCCGGCAUCGACGAUCCUCAACCCCAGAUGCCUGUGCCGUCGGUCCAGGUGUCCCGAAAGGAACUCGAUCCGGCAUCUAUCUCUCUACCCAUGAGUGAGCAUGAUAUCGAUGAGAUUGAGAUUCCUGGAUUCAUCUCCGACCUCGAUGGCAGCGAGGUGCACGAGAUCCACGAGGUUCAGACCAUGCAGGCCGUCGUUGCCCACAAGGUGCGACCCCACAGCCUCAUGGUGCUCACGCUGGCGUCCCCGAGAUCACCUUCAUCAAACGGAAACUCCCCCGUCACUCCUGGCAGCGCACAGAGCACCAGGUCCACUCGUCAUGUCCGAUCGCGGUCCCUUCCUGGUAGUCCAGUGCUCCAAGAAGACACAUCAUGCAGCGACGAGGUGGCCGAGGGGGUCUCCCCAACUGAGGAGCAAAAGCGCCUGGAGACGAUGUAUGAACGCGAUGAGGACGACAAGCAUUCGCGGCCGCGGAAACUCGGCCAAUCCUCGCAUGCUCGAGGUCUGCCGGCCGAUAGCCCGGCCGAUGAGCCGACAGGUCCUGCCGCCUGUCCAGAAGCCGUCACCACAUCUUCGCUAUCAGCGGCGUCAAUGGAUGCCGUGACUAGCCAGGCCAGUACCACUGACCUGUCAUCGGCAUCCGUGAGCGAUUACCAGGACAGCCGUUCGGAGAUUAUCGAGGGUCAUGGACUGUUCGAAAAGCCGACUUUGGCUCCAUUGCAGCGACCAAAACGAAUGGGAAGCAAGGAUCCUACUCGAAGCACUCCUUCGUCGCCAGCAAGAGAAAGUCCCUCGCAAGCCGAAGAGGCCAAUGAAGCUCAUGUACAAGGUCAGGUAGCCAAAUCCAGUGCGUCACGCCCCGCUGUCAACCUCGAUGCCUCCUGGCUCUCGGAUGAGGAUGCAUCUGGCCCAGAAGCCGGACUUCCAGAACGAUCGGCUUCUGCGGGCAGUAGCUCUACCCGAGCGACACCACUUCCAGCCGACAUCCCCAUCAAGAAAGUCGGCCAGCCCGUGUCCACUCCCGGAGAAAAUAGUCGUUCCGACCGUCCUCGGACAAGGCCCAUACCCGCGCCCUUGUCUCUGGUCAGUGUCGCUCAGCAAUCCUUCGGACGGACGAGUCCCGCACUAUCUACGCCUGGGAGCUCAAUUACCGAGCGUGCUGCGGUUCAGCGCUUAUCACGCCCAUCUCCCUCGACAGCCUCGUCCACUUACUCGAGGUCUUGCCGGUCAGACAGUAUCGGUAGUUGUCGCGUGACGCGCCCUCUUACCGCGGGGUCCACUACUUCCCAGGUUUCGAGCAAGAUCAAGGGUCUCAUUGGUCGCCAGACUGAAUCCGCUGCUCAUACUCUUCGCAGUUCCUCCGACACCGGUCGAGCAUCUGCUGCCACUGGUGAUUCUGUUGAUGAUGACAAAUCUGCACUGGAUGAUCUGAUUCAAAGCGAAGAGACCAUCCACUAUACAUUGACACCUAAGAGCGUGAGGGAUAUAGAGGAGAUGGAUUUCCCUGCGCGUCGACCUUCGCGGACAGCAACUUCAGACUUGGCCGAGUUCUUUAAAGAUACAGCACCACCAGGAACCGAGGUACCUAGACCGAAGGCAUCCAAGUCAUCUUCCAAGAGCAACAUCGAUCUCUCCCCAAUCGCAAAGUCCAACUCAGCCGAUAGGUCGAAGUUCAGGUCUAUCCCGGCCACGGAUGCAGAUCUCGCUGAGAAACCGAAGAGCUACACCCGUAGCAAUGGGCCACGUCUUGAGGCCCGCUCAGCAGUGAGCCCAAGAGGGGACGAAACAUCCGAACUAAUCAAGUUCCUGCUAGAAGGUCCACCCGACAGCGGGGCUCAUCAGGUUGCCCGCACAACUGCCCCAUCGCAGGAUACACUGGCUUCGACCGACUUGCGGAAGAGGAUUCCUUCAGUUGCUAGCACACAGGAGGGGUCGAUGGCGACUCGGUCCCUGACUUCUAUCGGAUCCCACACGGCGCUUUUGGAUUCUGCCACUCGCUCGACGGCACAGACAGACGUUGCCCUUAGGACAGCCACUUCCUCGAGUAGCACUCCAGUUGAAGCUCAGCCUGUGCGGAAACCGCGUCGGGUGCGAGAUCCGUAUGCCAUUGACGAUUCUGACGAUGACGAGCUGCUUGAAGAUCUCUUGCAAUCGUCCAAGCCGAAACGGGAGGAGGAAAGUUUGAUGGACUUCCUGCGCAAUGUCCCACCGCCUGACUUUGAUCCCCAGCCUGUGCCUAUCCAGGCACCACUGACCAGGUCUCCUUCGACCAGUUUUGGCAGUGCCUCAGCCAUGAAGGCCCGGCUUCUCCGCAACACUUCCUUCGACAAAUCUCUUUCCAUGAAGUCUUCAAGGUCUUCGCUGCGUCAGCAAUCGGACAACCACGCAAUGGGGCCGUCGAACUAUACCGUCAAAGGCGGCAUGGAGUACAAUGGAGGAGCUAUACAUGCUGGGUACGGUCUGUCUACGGUGUCUGAGAAACAGACCGAGACCAGUGCGUUAGCCAGUUUCCUCAGGAAUACGGGCCCGCCGGAGCCUCCUGCCAGUCGGCCUAUGUCCACAAGCAAAAAGGACUUGAGUAGUUUCUCUCGUCUCUUUGGUCGUCGGAAGAAGGUGGAAGCCUAG